AUGAGACAGCAUCUUUUCUACACCUCGCUCCUGUCGACACUGCUCGCAGCACCGACGUCCGCUCUCCCAAACUUCUUUUCCGACCAAGAACGGGCGCCUUUACGACCAGACCUCAAGCGCUCAGAGCCGGCAGCACACAUGGCGAGACAAGCAACCGAUCGGUCCGGCCGCUGGCGACCCCAGAUCCAUUUCUCACCACCCGCCGAAUGGCUUAACGACCCAAACGGCCUGUUUGUUGAUUCCGACGGCGUGUGGCACAUGUACUACCAAUACGCCGACAACGUCGCCGGGGCCGGCGUGAAGCAUUGGGGCCACACGACGGCCACCGACUUCUACGACUGGGUCGACCACCCUGUCGCCAUCCCCGCCACCGCGCGCGACGGCUCCAUCUGGUCGGGGAGCGUCGUCGUCGACCGCAACAACUCGUCGGGCUUCUUCCCCUCCGACAAGACCAGCGGCAAGGACAACAUCAUCGCCUACUACACCUCGUGGGAGCCCGACCAGGAAUCCCAGCACCUGGCGUGGUCCUACGACGGCGGCAAGACCUUCAACCAGUACGAGAAGAACCCCAUCAUCUCGCUCGACCGGCACGGCUUCCGCGACCCCAAGAUCUCCUUCCACCACGAGACCAAGACAUGGGUCAUGGUUCUGUCGCGGGAGCACGACGUCGCCUUCUACACCUCGACCGACCUCGUCAAGUGGGAGCAGUCCUCUCUGUGGAACCCGCAGCGCGACAUCGGCCUGAUCGAGUGCCCCCAGUUCCUCCAGAUCCCCCGGAAGGACAGGUCCGGCACCGUCGUCGGCGCCAAAUGGGUCCUGACCCUCAGCCUGGGAGGCGGUGCCCCCGGCGGCGGCGCCGCCGUCCGGUACCUCACCGGCGAAUGGGACGGCAAGUCCUUCACGCCCGACGCGCCGUCCUCCGGCCGCGCCGCGGGCGGGGUGCUUCACUCGCCACGCCAGGAGAGCUUCACCCUGCACGACUUUGACUUUGGCCCCGACAAGUACGCCACCGCCUUCUUCCACUCCCAGAACCUCGACGACGCCAAGGAAGACGCAUACUCCAUCACCUGGGCCGUCGACGCGUCCCGAUACGGGUGCUGCACGCCGACCGACCAGGAGGGUUGGCGUCACUGCAUGGGCGGCGUGCGCCGCCACUGGCUCGACGCCGACACCAACCGGCUCAUGUCGGCGCCGGCCGGCGACCUGUCCAAGCUCGCGAGCACGACGCCCGGCUGGAACCCCAUCAUCGAGGAGAAGGACGUCUCGGGCAUCGAGGGCAGCAGCGCCGUCCUCCGCGAAUUCAACCCGGCCGUCGAGUGGACCCUGACCGUCCGCAUGGCCAAGUCCCUGCUCCAGGAGGGCUCGACAGCCUCGGCCCAGCUGGCGUUCAAGGCCUCCCAGUCGAGCGGCACGGAGCAGGUCACGCUCGGGUUCGAGUUCGCCGGCGCCUCCGGCAACGGCGUGCCCUCGGCGAGCUUCAGCAUCGGCCGCGUCAGCACGGCGUGGGACCGCUCCGGCACCUUUGGCAUCUCCGACGUCCGCGCCCUGGACGCCGCCGCCGCCUCCUCCCAAGAGGGCUCCGACGCCAACGUCGAGUUUACCCUGCACGGCAUCCUCGACCGCUCCGUGCUCGAGGUUUACGUCAACGGCGGCGUCGAGGCCGGUACGAUGCUCUACUUCACCGACAAGCCCCUCGACAGCAUCCUCCUCACCCGCGGCUCCGGCUCCAAAGACCAGGGCAUCACCUUCGACUUCAAGGCCGUCGCCCUCAAGAGCUCGUGGGGAACGUAUGAGGAGAAGGACGUCUCGCAGUCAAAGCAGGACGAAUGGGUCACGGAGGAGCUGUGA